AUGACUGUUUCCAGUUCAAUGCAUGUAUCUUCACUAUUAUUUAGCACGCUGGAGGUACCUCUCGGUGCCCUUUUUGUAAGGUCGUUGACGUGCAGUCUGCUGGCCGCCUGUGGGGGGCACUACAAAGGGAAGGAUCCAGCGAGACAGACCCCGAUGUUGUGGGCAAGUGGUCCGGGAUUCUCCCGCCGCAAAUGGACACUGUUUCUAUACGGUGCAGACGCCAAUCGUGGACAGCAGAAAUCGACCAAAAAUAAAGAGCUCAUGCGACUCGGGCUCGCACAGUGGAUAAAGUCCGACUUUGCCAGCGGAGCAGGCCCGAAGGCCGGCAACAUCCCUCAAGGUUCCGGCACUCGGUCGUAG